AUGGCAUCCAAAUCAGAGACUUCAGUUGCAUUUUCCUUGUUAGUAUUGCUAUCAGUAGCACUCGGUUCUAAUGCAGGUGGAAUAGCCAUCUACUGGGGUCAAAAUGGAAACGAGGGUACAUUAUCUGAAACCUGUGCCACAGGGAACUACAAAUUUGUGAACUUGGCUUUCCUUUGUGUGUUUGGCAAUGGACAGACUCCUCAACUCAAUCUCGCAGGCCAUUGCGAUCCAUCUGUCAAUGGCUGCACAGGUUUGGGUUCCGAAAUCAAAUCCUGCCAAGCCAAAGGAAUCAAGGUGAUGCUGUCCAUAGGAGGAGGUGCAGGGAGUUACUAUCUUGCCUCUGCUGAGGAUGCCAGACAAGUUGCAACAUACCUGUGGAACAACUACUUGGGAGGACAUUCAUCAUCAAGGCCUUUAGGGGAUGCUGUUUUAGAUGGAAUCGACUUCGACAUCGAGGGAGGAACAAACCAGUACUGGGAUGUUCUUGCCAAAUACCUCUCUGCUUAUAGCCAACGCGGAAAGAAGGUCUAUUUGACGGCAGCACCUCAGUGUCCUUAUCCUGAUGCUUGGGUUGGAGGUGCCCUUCAGACGGGUCUUUUCGACUAUGUUUGGGUACAAUUUUACAACAAUCCUCCAUGCCAGUAUUCUGGUGGGAACUUGAGGAAUCUUGAGGAUGCAUGGAAGCAAUGGACUUCAAUCCCAGCUGGGGAGGUGUUCCUUGGAUUGCCUGCAGCUCCUGAUGCUGCUGGAAGUGGCUUCAUUCCUGCUGGUGAUCUUACCUCGCAAGUGCUUCCUGCAAUCAAGGGUUCCAGCAAGUAUGGAGGCGUUAUGCUGUGGUCUAAGUUUUACGAUGACCAAACUGGAUAUAGCAAAUCCAUUAAGAGUCAUGUCUAA